CCCAAUCAAGAGAGUAGUUAUGAAAUGACGGUGGAUUGUAUGACAAGAUUUUGAUCCGCUCGAAAAAUCCAAAAUGCGAUGACCGGAUCAUGGACUGGAUGUUGGAUUGUUGGUCUCCAUUGGCCGAUAGUCCUGUCAUCGGAAAUGUCCAAUGGAGACCCCAGGUAAGCAUUUCGUUGACGUGUUGGAAAAUUGCAAAACACAGGAAAAGGAAGGAUUAUUACAUUUUUCACGAAUAUAAUUGUGGACUCUAUGUGAAUGGGGCCUUAAAGAUUCAAGAAAUCAAAAAUACCAUUUUACUUUUCUCUUUUAUAAACUUCUAAAAAUAUGUAAAUCGUAAGGCAAAAUGCGUAAGGUUUCUUAUUAAUUAUGAAAAAAUUAUGCGUGAAUGGAAUUCUUCAUAAAAUCAAACCCUUAAUCAUAUAAUAUCAGAAUGCCUUCAUAUUUUCUAUGGAUUUGAUCAACAAAUUAAUGUGAACAAGAUUAUGAGAAGAAAAUACAAUUUACUUUAUAAACAUUAUUUUUUUUUUUAGGAAAAUACAUAACUAUAACAUUUCUAGUACAAUAUUGGAAAUGAGUUAUAUUUAUUAGUUUUAAUAUGCAGUCUCAGUAACAGGAGCUGUUUUCAUGAUUCAAGGUAUAAAACUAUGAUAUCUAUUGAUAUUUAUUCUCAUAUUCAAUUUGAUGAAGUGCCUCGGGAGCACAUAAUUUUCCCUAUGAAAGUAAAAAUGAAUGUUAUAUUGCUCGAUUUAUAAACAUCUUGGAAAAAUACUCAUGCCCAAGUAGUAAAAUUACUCAAAUCAUGAUUGUUUAAUGGAUUGGACAUUUUUAGUGAGUAGCCACCAUUUAAACAGAGUCCAAUAAACAAAAAAAUUAAUGUUUCUGAACAGGCCCAAUUCCCUGUGGUGAGUUUAGAAUUUGUGUGAAGAGUAUGUAUCUCAUACAUAGAACGUAAGAUCGCAUACCUACACUCUUAUGUUCCAGUCUUAAACCAUAGGAAUAGAACAUUGAGUGUAGGAAUGCAUACAUAGAAAAAAUUUCGUGUAUGUAUGGAUACAUACUUUGUAGGAAUACGUGCAUAUUUUACAUGUAUUAUUAUGAAACUACCGUUGUUUUUAGGUAACGCCAUCGAAUUAUUUCCAGAUUGUUCCAAUUUACCGUUUUAUUUUCUUCAAUCGCGUCGGAUAUAUAUUUCGGUAGCAAUGUAGCAUUAGCUUGGCAUUUUCAUUUGGUCAAGAGUAGAAAGUGGUUCGUUUGCGUUUCGACCUCGUGGAUUUAAAAAUUAAUUGUGAAUUGUGAAUUAGAAACGAAAAUUAAAAUAAGAAAAGAAAUUAACAAGGCGGAAUUAAUAUAUUCAGAACGAAAAAUAAAUUGUGAAUUGUGAACUGGAAAAUCAAAAUUAGAAAAAGGAACUCCCCAAAUAAGAAAUUGUGAACUGGAAAAUCAAAAUUAGAAAAAGGAACUCCCCAAAUAAGUAAGCGGAAUUAAUAUAUUCAUAACGAAAAAUUAAUUGUGAAUUGUGAACUGGAAAAUCAAAAUUAGAAAAAAGAACUCCCCAAAUAAGAAAUUGUGAACUGGAAAAUCAAAAUUAGAAAAAGGAACUCCCCAAAUAAGUAAGCGGAAUUAAUAUAUUCAUAACGAAAAAUUAAUUGUGAAUUGUGAACUGGAAAAUCAAAAUUAGAAAAAAGAACUCCCCAAAUAAGAAAUUGUGAACUGGAAAAUCAAAAUUAGAAAAAGGAACUCCCCAAAUAAGUAAGCGGAAUUAAUAUAUUCAUGUUGUUGCUUUAAUUAUUGGUAACUUUAAGGUUCUACCAGGCUGUUGUUUUUGUUAGUUGGGAGCUGUUGAUUAAUUUAAGGUUGUGGCUUUAAUUAGUUGGGAACUUCAAUUAAGUUCAUUAGCUAUAUCAAACCGUCAGAAACUUCAGGAAUCUUUUUAUCUUUUAGUUUAUAUUCAUAAUAUUAUAUUUCUUUAGCUUCUUCGCCAAAAUGCUUUGUUUUGUCUGCAACAAUAAGUGUACAAAUUUUUCAUUACUCAUGCAUCACCUUAAAAAGAGACAUAAUCUUAAUUGCUCUAGUACUUAUCGUUGCCUUGAAUGUAAUUUAUUGUUUGAUAACUCCUCAAGUUAUAAAAGACAUAUGCUACGAUUACAUUCCACUUUAAACAUUUCAAAUUCUAACGAAUUUCAAGCACAGGCGUGUAGUAUUAAACCGGAAGAUUCAAAUAGAGUAACUACUUCCUCAGAACAAUCUAGUUGUAUCAACGUAAAAGGUAUAAGCGUCGAAGAGAAACUAGUUCUUCCAUCCUCAUUGUCAUCAUGUCAAAAGUCCAAAAAAGAGAAUUUCGACGAAGAAAUAAAAAAUAUGCGCGAAAGUGCGUUUAAAUUUUCUUUAUCAUUACAUACAAAUGACAAUUUCUCUAGAAAAGAUGUAGUAAACAUUCAAAAAAGUGUAUCCACUCAAAUUGUCGCACCCUUGCUCCAAAUCUUUGAUAGCUUUUCUAAAACUAGAAUUUGUCAUGACCAUGAGGCUUUAAAUGAAAUUUCAACUUUAAUUAGUUCUUGUAAACACCUGUUUGAUGACUGUGCAUCCGAUUAUCUCUUAUUACAAAAACUUAAAAAGAGUGGAUACAUGAAUGAUGUUGAAGAGUUUGUUAUAAAUAACGAAAUGGAAACGGUUUUUCAUUGCGGAGAGUUAUCUUUGGACGAAAACUUAACUAAAGGCGUCGUUCUUCCAUUAAGAUCCCAGUUUAAACUUUUGUUUGAGACAAACAAUUUUCUUAAAGCCAUGUUACAGUACAUGGAAAUGUUGGAAAAAAGUGAUAGAAUUAGAAGCUUUAUCAAUGGGGAGUUAUGGAAAGAAAAGGUCAAAAUGUACCCAAAUAAGUUAUUAGUUCCUUACUUCUUAUAUGGGGAUGAUUUUGAAAUUAAUAAUCCUCUUGGAUCCCAUUCUUCAGUUCAUUCAGUAUGUAACUUUUAUUAUUCCUUUCCGUGUAUGCCUAUUAAAGAGUCUAAAUUGGAUAAUGUAUUUUUAGCUGCUGUAAUAAGAACAAGAGAUAUGAAAAAAUUUGGUAAUAGUAAAUGCUUAGUCCCUUUAGUAAAUGAGUUGAAAUUUCUUGAACAAGAAGGGCUUUCUAUUGAGGCAUCUGAUGGUCAAGUAUAUCGCAUUCAUUUUAUUUUAGGCUUGGUUUUAGGUGAUAACUUAGGACUUAACUCAAUAAUGGGUUUUAACAAAUCGUUCUCUGGCGUAUUUUGCAGGUUUUGUCGAUUAGAUAAAGAUAAAUGUAAAACAAUGUGUUUUGAGGAUCCCAAUAAAAUGCGAAAUAUACUUAAUUAUAAUGAAGAUGUCCUACAAAAUAAUAACCAAUUAACUGGCAUAUCAAGCUUUUGUCCAUUUAAUGCAAUCCCUUCAUUUCAUGCCAUUGAAAACUACAGUGUUGAUGUAAUGCAUGACUUGUUUGAGGGUAUAUGCCACUAUGAUCUUUGCCAUAUCUUAUUAAAUUUUAUACAAAUAAAGAAAUACUUUUCGUUGCAAGUUUUAAACAAACGGAAACAAACGUUUGAAUAUGGUCCUCAUGAAAUAGGCAAUAUAUCAAAUGAAAUAUCACAGACACAUCUCCAAAAGCGACAUUUACGCAUGUCUGCAAGGGAAAUGCUUUGUUUUAUUCAAUACCUUCCAAUCAUGAUUGGUGAUCUAGUUCCAAUAGAUGAUGAUGUUUGGCAUUUUUUGUUGAAUUUAAUAGAAAUAAUUGAUUUAACGUUAUGCUUUGAAAUAAAUGACUUUUCUAUUUCUUCUUUAAAGAACAAAAUACAACUACACCAUGAGCAGUACCUUUUACUUUUCAAAGAUAGUUUAAAACCUAAGUUUCAUAUUCUCACUCAUUAUCCUACGAUUUUAAAAAAAUCAGGUCCACCUAGAAAUUUUUGGUGCUUUAAAUAUGAGGCCAAACAUAAAAAUUUCAAAAUUUACUCACGUGCUAUUACUUCCAGAAAAAAUAUUUGUCUAACAUUGGCCAAAAAAUUUCAACUAGGUUUUGCAAACAAGAUUUUAAAUUCUAAUGAUGAUGACGACAAACAUGAAUUUUUUAAAGAAAACAAAAUUAAAACUGGUUUUUCUUCUUUAAUAAGCAAAAAAAUGGGUAUCCAGGAAGAAAACUUAGAAUAUUUAAGUAAGACUGAAAUCAAUGGCUAUAAAUUUCAAACUGGUUAUUACGUAUCCAAACUCUUAAAUGAUUAUAAAAUUUUCGUCAUAGUAGCUUUAGUCCAACAUCUAAAAAAAAUUGUUCUUUUUUGUCAGGAAGUAAGUGAAGUACUCUAUGAUCCCCAUUUUACUGCAUAUGAUAUAAAUCCUUCUAUAUUAGGAAAAUAUUCUAUUAUUGAUCCCGAUGAAAUUGUUGGGCCGCCAAUAACAGCUAUAAAAACAGCUAAAGGUAGAAUUAUGAUUCGAAUAAAAGAUUACACUUUACAAGAGAUAGACAAAUAUAAAGCAACUGACGAGUUUGAUACUGAAAUUAAAUCCAGAUGCAGUUGAAUCUUUUUAGAACAACAAUUCUAUUGUGCAUACAAGCCAAUCAUUUUCAAAAGGUUCGGAAGCACUCUACAUGAAUAUCAAACUGUUUCAGAAUGGAUACAAACAAUUAUAUAUCAUUGGAACAACCCUCAACUUCUGCGGAGGCCGGGGAAGAACAAAUAAUUUAUACAAUUGUUCAUGAAACAGCAACUAUGUCAGAUGAGUCGCAGUCCCAGUUGGAAAUAAAAGAACUUCUGGGCAGUUGGAAUCUUGGACACCUGUCAGAUUUGUUUAUCUCUGAGCGCAUAACAGUUGAAGUGCUUAAAAUUUUAAAGGAAAAACAUUUUCCUAUGCUUUUCAAAAACAGUUCAGUUGGAGAUCUGGCAAUGUUUGAACACAAGUUAAUGGAGUGGAGAUCCUCUCUAGGUAUCGGAGAGCAGCAAAUUGAUAUGUUUACCUUGCGGGAAAAUUCAUGCAGCUCAUCAUUUUCAUCUUCGCCAACGUCGUCAAUAAGAGAAGAUCCAUCUGCGCCUGCUAUAUCUCUUUCUUUAAUUUUAAAAAACUCACCAAAGGCGAGAGACAUAGAAAAAUUCUAUGAACAAAACUUCAAGCUUCAGGAUAUACAUCGACAGGCGUUGAUCACAUUAAUAUGUGAAUAUUUUAUCGACAACCAUCUUCAUUUGAAUUUAUACACUAGCUACAUGCUAGAGGAACAAAUAUUGCAAAGAUUCAAAGGGGAAAAGCUUGAGUUUUACCGCACUGGUAAAAGAGGUAAAAUAUAUGCCAAGUUUUGCAAUUCGAAGACCUCCUCUAGAUUGGCUGUUAAAAGAUCUAUCUUUCCUAAAGCUGAAAAUGCUGAAGUAACUGAGAAAUCAAAGAAAAAACAUUUGAUGGAAUUCACUCCGGAAGUUGAUGCAGAAGAGUGUAUUAGGAGCAUCAAAUAUGAUAACUUGUCAACUUCAGAGUUCGACAGCUGUUGGCAAGCUUGUAGCCAAUUUAGACUGGAUCAAAUAUAUAAAGAGACAACUUUACACACCAUUUUUGAGGAAUGGCCGGAUUACAAGAAGCCAGGAGGUUAUCGUUUGAUUGACAAGGAUUUUGGGGUUGUUUUUCGAAAUUCCCCAGGAGUUCUUUUGAAGUAUCCAGAGCAGGCUGGCAAUCUGAGAAAGUUUUUACUAGAUGAAGAUCACCUGCGAGACAAAAAUUUACGAAAUAUGGUGAACCAAAUUGACGAAAAUGAUAUUAAAACUGAUAGUGCAGCAGUAAAAUUAUUUUGGUGUCUCCACGGCUAUUUGAUACCAACACAAAAGGGCAGCCGGAAAGAUAACUCUGGAAAAAGUAGUACUGUAAGGUUUACUAUUAAAAGCUCUCAAGAGGCUUUCCUUUUUAUUGGGUCCAGCGUACAAGAACUCGAUGACCAUAUAGCAUUUUUGAAAAGCAAGUCAGAAAAUAUACAACCAUUUAUACUUGCCGUUGGGGAUAAGGAUUUUGAAAACUUUUCGAACUACUACGUUUACCUUGAUGGUAUUAAGUUCGUGUUUUCAAAUUUUUUGAGAGCAAUUGAUAUAUGUUUCAAGUGCUUCAACUUGUUUAAUUUGGAGUAUCCGUUAGCGUGCUCACAAUUAUGGACAUUUAUUGAGCACUACUUCUACGAGCUCAACAUUUCUAAAACAAAAUCCCCUAAAAUGUAUUUACUCAUCGAAGCGUUAAGAAAAAGCGCUCUGACUCAAGAUGAUGAAGUUGCAGAUUCAGAAGCCGGCCUCGGAUAUAUUUAAUUAAGUUUUAUAUACAUAUGUACACAUAUUAAUUUUUGUUAAUUGUUUAAUUAGAAUCAAUUAUAAAUUAUUUUAUUUAAAAUGUUAAAUUUUAAGUGUUAAAUACUUUCUUUCUAUUAUAAAUUAUUUUAAUAUAAAAUAUAUU